CACUUCCUGGUUUGAAUCGAGUCGAGUGCGCGUUCUCGACAAGCACUUCCGGUCCUGUUUCCUGUGUUUGUAAAUUGUAGCUCGCGCUAGCUGAUGUGGACGAAGAUAAGGGUUCAGUUGUUGUUGUUUUUUAACCAAAUACCAAAAGACCCGAAGGACGAAAACUGGUGCCAGAUGAUAGCAGUGGGCGUGUCCUAUUGUCUAGUACAUCGUCCUGAGUGACAGCUUCUUGUCCCUCCCUUUGUCCCUGUUUUCUUCAGUGAUGUCACACAUACCAACCACCUCGGUCCGUGACCAUAUGAAAUGGGCGGGGCUGCUCGGCUGUGAAGCUGUCCUCUCCAGCAUGGCUCUGAUGCAGGCCAGCACCAUUUCUGCUCCAAAGAAGAUGAUGACAUCACUGGCCCCGCCCCCUGUUCCAGGUUCUACUCAGAGAGACCCGCAGGGACACAUGGGAUUAACGGCAGCCAUGACCUGCCCUCCUCUGCUUGUCCGUAAAGAAGGCGACUUUCACGCCCCCCGCCUUCUGGAUGAGAAGGAAAUGAGACCAAACGAGGACUUGCAGCUUAAGAAGAAGCACAGGAAGUCAGGAACGCCCUGUAAAGUCCGAGAGCAGGAGGGGAAAGGAGGGAAGGCUGUUGUGGUGGACGAGAACGGGAACUGUUCUCUUUCCAAAGUGCAGAAGAACUUCAUCUGCGAUCACUGCUACGGAGCCUUCAGAAGCGGCUAUCAUUUGAAACGCCACAUUCUCAUUCACACCGGUGAAAAGCCAUUUGCUUGUGCCAUAUGUGACAUGAGGUUUAUUCAGCGUUACCACUUGGAGAGACACAGCCUCACUCACACCGGGGUGAAACCGUAUGCGUGCACCAUGUGUGACAUGCGAUUUUUCCAACGUUACCACCUUCAGAGACACAGCCUCAUACAUACGGGGGUGAAGCCCUACGCUUGCUCCAUGUGCGACAGGCGUUUUUUCCAACGCUACCACCUGCAGAGACACAGCCUCACUCAUACGGGGGUGAAGCCGUACGCUUGCUCCAUGUGUGACAUGAAGUUUUUUCAGCGUUACCACCUGCAGAGACACAGCCUAACCCAUACGGGGGUGAAGCCGUACGCUUGCUCCAUGUGUGACAUGAAGUUUUUUCAGCGUUACCACCUGCAGAGACACAGCCUAACCCAUACGGGGGUGAAGCCAUAUGCUUGCUCCAUGUGCCAUAUGAGGUUUUUUCAGCGUUGUCACCUUCAACGACACACCCUCACCCACACGGGGGUGAAGCCAUUUGCUUGCACCAUGUGUGAUAUGAGGUUUUUUCAACGCUACCACCUCCAGAGACACAGCAUCACCCAUACGGGAGUGAAGCCUUACGCUUGUUCCAUGUGCGACAUGCGUUUUUUCCACCGUUACCAUCUGCAGAGACACAGCCUCACUCACACGGGGGUGAAGCCCUAUGCUUGUAACAUGUGCGACAUGCGUUUUUUCCAACGCUACCACCUCCAGAGACACAGCCUGACCCAUACGGGGGUGAAGCCGUACGCUUGCUCGAUGUGCGACAUGAGGUUUUUUCAACGUUACCACCUCCAGAGACACAGCCUCACUCAUACGGGGGUGAAGCCGUACGCUUGCUCCAUGUGUGACAUGAGAUUUUUCCAGCGUUACCACUUGGAAAGACACAGCCUCACUCACACGGGUGAGAAGCCAUUUGCCUGUGACAUGUGUGACAUGCGCUUCAUCCAGAGAUAUCACCUGGAGAGACACAAGCGUGUGCACAGUGGAGAGAAACCGUAUCAGUGUGAACGAUGCCAACAGAAUUUCUCGAGAACAGAUCGGCUGCUCAGGCACCGGCGCUUGUGCCAGGGAAAGGGUGUGGCUAAAGUGGAGGCCACACCCUGCUGCGAGCCGCGCCCCUUUUCUCAAGACCCACUCCCGGCUCCGCCUCCAGCUCCGCCCAACACCUGGAGUCGACUCGCGGUCUGACACUCUCUCAUAACGACCAGCACGGAAACAGAACAAACGACGGACACACUCCUGGCUCUCUGACUGCCGACUCGCUCGGCACGAGAAAAAUCAUUUCAACAAGACGGAUUCUUCCAGAAAGAGAAAAGGAUGAAAAGCUUCUUUACCUUAUUUGUGCUAACGAUUACUUUAAAAGAGGGACCUGUUAUGGAUUUCUGUUAAUAUUUUAAACGAUUUAUUCUCUUAUUUUUUCUUUUCUUUUAAUUCUUUUUAUUUUCCAGUCUUUACGUUGGUUUGUGGCUGAAGACGAGACAAGAGCUCACUAGAUAACUGAGCGAGAGACGGACAGCAUUUCUCUAAUCUUUCUGCCGUUCUGUUUCGACACAGUUGGUCAGCGAGUGAACAGGUUAAAGUUUUGAUGUAAGAUGUUUCGUGCGACGUGAGCUGUGUGUCGGCUGCAGCUUAAACAGCUGAGGUUUUUCUGGAACUCUCCAGACUUCAUAUCGUUAUUCUUCCUCCGAUUUAGCCACUCACCAUGUGCGCGUGUGUGUGUGUGUGUAAAUAAGCGUGUUAAGUGAGGUUUUUUUUUUUUAUUAUUAUUGUAACACUUCACAUACACACUUGCAUUACUGCUACGUAAUGUUCCAGCUAGUGAACAACUAACUGUUCAAAUAUAAAUGGUGAUCGUUUCUUUGCUUUUCGAAGCUAGUCCAUCGAUCCUGAUCCUAUGGCCAGGGAGCGUCGUUACCAGCAGCGGCUGCACUUCUUUCAGUCAGAUCACCAUUUAAAGACGAACAUAAACUUUACUUUUUUUUUGUUUUGUUUGUGUUUUUUUUUUUUUGGUUUGUUUGUUUGUUUUUUGUUCUUGAUGCUACUUAAAUGGAGGCUCUUUCUGUUUCACCCCUCCCCAAAAAAAAGGUUCCACUUCAACUUUUUUUGAGCAAUAAUACUAAUAACAUCCAAAACCCUUAUCAACUAGUUGAGCUGUUGCCAUGGCGAUGCGAUGACAUCAGUUUUGGUCCUGUGUCUUCAGCUCUGGAGCGAAGCUGAUCUCAGGCUCUUAGGCGGAUGAUGCGGAGAUGAAACAGUCAAGACUCUUUAACUCACGGCCGCUUUGUCCAAAUGAACAAAUUCCCUCAGUAUGAAACAGAAGCGCCAUUCUAGCGAGACGUUUACGCUCCCUGGCCUUUUGUGACAUUUUCCCCCUCAUCACUAUAACUUUAUUGCUUAAUGGAUAUUGUGCUGACAAAUAUUUUCCGCAACAGCAGCGACUCCAGGGACUACACAUCCCAUCACGCAUCUCUUCACAGACUGCCAGCCUUCAGCAAGAACUGGACAUGUUUAAGGUAGAGAGACUUCCUGUAAAUGAAGCUGAAAGACUGAAGGUUCAUCACGUUACUCUAUCGUUCAGAAAUUAUUUACAGCUUUGUAUCUUGUUUUAUCUGCAGUUUGUACCUUGUUUCUGUUUAGUUUUUUUGUCCUGUUUUGUGUACGUGUUGGUCGAUAUUAACACACCGAUGACACUCUGUCCUUCCUGAGGAGAUCUGGCAACCCGCUGCCAAACGAGAGAGAGGAUAGUGCUGAAAAAAAAAAAAAAUAACGCUAAAAUACUUUGCAGCGUCCGUGAUGACGAUCCUGUGUUGAAUAUUGUGAUGUUUGGUGUCACUGAUGAUCGGCACAUUCCUGCUAACGCUUCCUUCUCUCACCGAGUAUAUUUCAUUUAUCUUCUUCAAAUAUAUCAAAUAACGGACUACAACAGUUUUAGUUCUGUAGCAAUAUGCUGUGUAUUUUUUAAUAUUUUUUAUUUCUAAUAUAAAUUUAAAACACUGGAGUGAAAAAAAAAGAACUAGACUUUUUUCCCCCUUUUGGUUUUCUUGCUCCCCCCCCCCCUGAUAUUAAAGAUAGCGUGUAGUUGUUUAGUUGGUUCCGUCUCUUCAGAACCAGACACUUUCCUCCUGCUGCCUCCGUGACGUUCAUGUCGAGGUUUAACGAAGUGCGAGACUUUUUGCUGCUCGCCGCUUUAGUGAAUAUUCUGUUUAGAGUAUUAGACGAGAAAAGAAACUGCACCAGUCGUAGCUAACAGUAGUUCUGUUCUCUUGCAUGCCCUGGCAGUUCUCACUGUAAAAAAAAAUAUACAAAUAAAAAAAAUACAAACA